AUGCAGAUUUUCGUUAAGACACUCACAGGCAAGCACAUCACCCUUGAAGUCGAGCCAACAGACAGAAUUGAAGAUGUCAAGGCUAAGAUUCAGGAUAAGGAAGGUAUUCCACCAGAUCAACAACGUUUGAUCUUUGCAGGCAAGCAGCUCGAAGACGGCAACACACUUCAGGACUACUCCAUCCAGAAGGAUUCUACACUCCAUCUCGUUCUCCGUCUUCGUGGUGGCUUCUAA